AUGUCUGAUGACGAGGAUUUUUAUGAUGACGAGUUUGACGAGAUUUGGAUUGAAGAUGUCGAACCGGGGAUUGCAGACGAUCUCGCGCUCACUUCACACUUCGAAGCCGGAUACGUGGACGACCCUGCAUUGGAGGUAGAGGAUUAUUUUAGUGAUUGGGACGAACAAUCGGACGAUUACUUUGAUGACGACCCGACAGCGGCGCGGAAAAAGAAGUACUCGCUGUCUUCUGGAUCGGCAACUGGCAACGAUGCCCGCCAGGUACAUGCGCCGAAAACCGAUACGGGAUCUUUCCAGAGUGUUGUCUGGAAGACCUCGGCCCAUGAGGAUGCUGGAAUGCAGGUUCACGAGCCGGGCCACGGUGACAAAGUUGCAUUGCUGAAGAAUUGGCGGGAGGUGUUUAAAAACUCCCAGCCGUCUUUCAACCGCUCAUGGAGAAGGAAGAAGAAGGUCAUGGACUAUCUCCAGUCCGACACUGUCUCGCUCGACGACGCAAUGGACGAAUCUCCGGUGCCUGGAAUGGACUUGAAGGGGGACCGCGACCUUGAUUCGUCCAACAGUCUGCAGCAUGAGACACCGGAAUUAAUCCCAGAUAGGAAUCCCACUCCCCCGUCGGUAUUCACCAGCAGGAUCGCGCCGUCGCUUCAGGACCUGCCGUUCCAGCCCAAGCCAGACGACGUCGGACUCUCCGAUGACGCCUCAGAGACGGCGGCGACCUCUUCGUCCGACCAACAGCAACAGCCGUCAACCACUUCCAUCGAUACCGAGCCUAGCCCUUCUACCAAGAACCGCUCACCCUUGACUUCUGUCUCCGCCUCACCCAAUCGUAGGAAGAGAAAGGCGUCUGUCUCGGUCGAUGACGGCUAUGACCAUACCGUCGAGGAUAAGUUGCAACCGAGACCAAAGAGGGCUGCAGCCAGGAGGUCGGGCGAGGCUACAGACCAGACUAAGCCAUCCUCCACAGGACCAACACGGCGAUCUACGCGCAACAAAAAGGCCUAG